CUAAGGGUACUCAUACGAGUCUACCGCGCUUCACCUCGAGCCUUGUGAGAUGCGGUUGAUUACUCUCUCUGACAUUUCUUGUCGGCGUACGAGUAGUUUGCCACGGUAACUUGGGUCGCAAACUGAGUCUCAGCCAAAUGGGCUUCAACGCGUCCACAAAGCACCGGGUCACUCUUCCGUGGAUCGUGUUCCUGAUCAUCCUACUAAUCUCGAUUUCACGGAUAUCUACAGUGCUUGCAUGACUACAUUGCGGAUGCGAGAUCUUCAAUCCACAGUGGAGGAGGAAUUUCAAGUCGACAGGUCCUUAGCACAGUGCAGCCUUGCGCUUCCCUACGUCUUCCUGGUGCCCAUCCCGGUAAAUUCCUGUGUUGUCACCAGAGAUCGAUCCACUGCAAACCAUUUGACCGUCCUUGUCCCUUGAAUGGAGUCUUUCUGUCCCCCCCAGAGCCCGACUGAUAAUGCGCGCUUAUCGUUUCGUCACCACCCCGUAUGAAGGGGCCAGCGAUGAUUUCAAGAGAAGACAAGCAUGCUGGUAUGCUGUAUCUGACGGAUUCGUGCUUUCAUGACGACACCUCUUGCACUGCGAGGUGUUGUACCGCUAUCAUGCCAUGCUCGAGGAAGCAUGACCAGGGUGCGACAUAAGCUAUAUAAACAUGCCAGCCCUCGGUUUCUAAGAACAGUGCUUUUGUCUCUCCUUCCAUUCGGAUCACUAUUACAAAACAUCCUCUAGGUAACGGCUCAUUCAAUUAUAAGCAAUCACCAUGUCCGCCCCACAAGACGACUAUACGCCCGGCGCUGACAGCAUCGAAGGUGCCAGCGGUGCAGACACUACCCAAAAUGAUUACAAGUCACGAACUGGACAAAGCCACAUCCCGGUUCAGAAUGAUGAAGCUCCUGUCGAAGAUCCAAUCGACCCCAACAAUGCCGAUUCGGACGAGCAAUUAGCCCGUGACGAUACCGAUGCCAUCGACCAAGGUAACAUCGUCGACGAACGUACUCGUGGUGCUACCAAGAACUAUCGUGAGCCAGGAGACGAGGAGGGUCUUCCAGGUCCCGAGGACGGAAGCAGCCGUGUUGCCGGUGGUCCCAACUGAUCAAUGUACCCAUGGUGUCGUUUCACCACGACGACGUUGUGUUGAUAGCGGCGGAUUUCAUGUAGAAGAAUGAUCAGGUACCAUUGUGGGCUC